UAAUAGUGAUGUGCAGGCAUUGAAUGAUUUUCUGCAUGGAUCUGGUAGUCAAGAAGUAGACGAGGAUGAUUUGCUUGGUUCAGCCUGCACAAUUGAUAACUCCCAUUCACUCUUUGCUGAUGCCAUUGUGAACCUACAACACAGUGCUACAUGCAUGACAAACAACGGAGACAGCAUGUUAUAGAGAGAACUAAAAUUCCACACCAAUGGAUCAGAUUAAAGCUCUACAGUUGCGCCAUAUCCAGUCAUGAAUGGUGAAGGGCAGUUAAGCCACCAGUCGGAGGAGGAGGCUCCAUGGACAUCCUGAUCCUCAACGAUGGCAGAACCCAGCAUGGUGCUGAUCCUACCUCUUCUACUAAAGAUACACAUAACCAUAUUGGUGAAGAAUCCCACUCAAGACUACAGUUAACGAGUAGUCUUACUGUUUUGGAAGAGCUGGAUACUUCUUCUCCUCUUUCAAAUCUAAAUGGGGACCAGCCUUUUGAUAUUCUGCAGAAGUCUCUUCAGGAGGCCAAUAUUACUCAACAAACCUUACAGGAGGAAGCAGACUUGGCAGCUGGUAUUACUUCUACCCAGGAGUUCCCACAACCUCAUAUUCAUCCUACAACUUUUUCUCAGGUUUCUCAACUGUCUUCUGGCAUAUCAUCUGUAAGGGGCCUGCCACAACAGCAGAUGAAUGUAACACCAUCACCCAUUUUACAGCAAGUUUUGAGAACUCCCUUUGUAAAUAAUGAAACUAAUGUACAGCCUGGGUUCUUUCAACAAAUGGGCAUCAACAAUGUUGCCAUUCAACAUGUACCCAGUAGCAACCCAGGUGGUGGAAUUGGACCAGUUCAGUUGAUUGGUUCAUUAGAUACUCAGCAGCCGGUAAUGACUUUUAAUCAGUUCGAAGGAUCUCAGUUUAUUUCCAAGGACAAUGGACAGCUAAACUCGGUGACUGUAGGUAAUUACAAUAUGCCCCCGCUUCCCAACCAUCAACCAAUGUCUUUGAACCCAUCUGGUUUAAAUGAAACUGGUGGAUUGUUACUUCAGAGGCGAGUGACUGCACUUAAUGGAAACACUUACUAUGGGGCUUCAAAUAUUAGCCAGGUCCAACAACCUAUGUCUGUUCAUUUUAGUGGCAAUAAUAUUCCAACAGCACUGCCUUUACAUAAUAUUAUCCUUCAAAGAGCUCCGGUACCAAGCCAACCUAAAAUUUCACUCAGUAUUCAACCCAAGCCUGCUCAGAUCAGUCAGCAACAAACCGUUUACAACAUAAACAAUUUGGAAUUGCCUACAGCAUUUAAAAUUCAAAAUGAAGUAUCAUUACAGCAGCAGCAAAUGCAACAUAACCUUCCCUUUGGCCCCACAAACACGUCUCAAAAUUCAGUGGUGGGCUCACCAAUGGGUAUUAAUACUGCAAAACAGCAAGUACCGAGAAAAUCAGGUAGACCACAAGUUUUAAAUCAAACUGGGACCAGUAUCAUAAUCCGACCUCCUUUAGGGCAACAUGAACCCCUUGCAUCCCAGAACCAAUUUUUCAUUCCUACCAGCCUAGCAUUGAAUAUGAAUUCAACUGUUCAGCACCUUCAGACUGCAAAUGGACAGAUUCUUCAAAAUCGAACUAUACCCACCCAGUUGGUUUCGAAUCAAGUGGCUUCAGAAUGUGUUAUAACAAAUCGCAAUUCUUCAGGUACAAUGUUGGCUACCCAGUCUUUUUCAGGACAAUUUUUAAAUCAGAACUCUGCUGGACAGUUGACUUCUGGUCAGGGUGGCAUGGAACAGGUAGUUAAUUCUUCAGGACAGCUGUUAGCAAACCAUGGCUCAUCACAGCUGGUUACUGGACAGGUUCCACUUCAACAAGCUUCACAGAUGUUAUUUAAUCUUCCGACUGGUCAAGGUGUGCAACCCAAUGUUGGCUCGAACAUUAAUGCAGGACUAUUUAAGCAAUCUGGGCAGAAUGCAGUUCGAGGAAGAUCAUUCCAAAAUCAGCUGACUGUUUCAAUUGCACCUAGUUCUGUGUGCUCCAACUAUGUGCCUACAGUGCAACCUCCAAUAUCAUCAGCAAACAAUGGUGAUCAGGUUACACACCCAAAUUCUGGAAGUAACCUUGUAGUGGUUUGCCAGGGUGAGCAAUCACUUGUAACUGUACAGUCUGCACAACAGCAGUGUCAGCAACAAUUGGGUAUGAAUCAUAUUUUCAGGAUUACCAAUCCUUAUCACCAAAACGCCAAUUUAAUGCAACCCUCACGGCAGGUCACGUUCAGCCGGAUGGAGAUGCCAGUAACGCAAACCAGCAACCAGCAACAAUUCCUCUGUUCACAAGCUUCCAAGAAGAUGAUAGCAAGUAAGCAGGAGCCAGUCACUAGCCAGUCGUUGGUUAGUUUGGGGCAGCUCUCCAAUCAAGUUUCAGCUUCUCUCUUUGGAAGUCAGACUCUGCCUAAUUCUGUUCAAAAGGCUCAUGCUGCUGGCCAGCCACAAGUACCCAGCUCAUUGACGAAUGCAGGGAUUCUAGGCAAAACCACGUGUAUGGCCAUGCAAAUGAGUGAUGGUCAGCUUCACAAAGCUGCUGGUUUACAACAGCACUUGGGACAACUACAUUCAUUGCAGAAUAAAAUAUUAGGACAGCCAGAGAUGCACAAAAUUUCACAAUUUGAUGGUCAGAUCAUGGGACAGAAGAGACCUGCAUCAAGGCAACUUACUAAAGAAAAUUUAAUUCUUCAGCAAUUACAAGAAGAACAAAGAAAUGUUCUGCAACCCGACUAUAAAACACCGUUUAAGUCACAAGAAGAUGCCAUGCAAAGGCUUCUGCCAUAUCAUGUGUUUCAAGGGAAUCUCCCAAACAAAGAAGAAUUUCAGAAAGUGGAUAAUGAAUUUGAAGAUGUUUCUGUGCAACUGCUGAAGCGCACCCAGAUGAUGCUCAGCAAAUAUAGAAAACUGUUGUUGGAAGAUGCAAUGCGAAUAAAUCCCUCUGCAGAAAUGGUUAUGAUUGACCGAGUGUUCAAUCAAGAUGAGAAAGUCGCCCUUAUCCAGGACAAACGAUGUUCCUUGGAGGAUUCCGAUGGCUAUUUGGCUAAGUUUUGCUGUUCCUCAUCUGUUUUUGUGAAAUCUGCUGCUGAAGCACAACAACUAACUGAUGAUACGGUGCCACACAAGUCUUUAGACAUUAGCACCAGGCAUUCUACACCAGUGAAUACUACUAUCAACCAAAAAAGUGAACCGUCCCGAUUGGUCCAUUUAGUAUCUUCUGUGACAAGUGGAAUGAAAGCAGCCACAAAUUCUUCCAUUGACAGCCCUUGCAUUGUUAAAUCAUACAGCGGCAGUAAGGAGCUCAAACUAACAAUCAAACCAGAGACAGUGUACAGAGCUGGAACACAGAGUAAAUCAUCAAAAACUCCAGAAUGGUCUGAUACUGGAAAUGAAGGUGGUAAAAAUAUUGCUGGCUCUACAUCUGAUUAUGCCAAGGUUCAAAGCAAAAAAGCUUGUGAACCUGUUGUUGGAACUACCAAAAUUUGUGACAGAGAAGAAAGUAGGUUCGACAACGAGAAAAAGCACAGUCAUUCUUGUGAUAAAGUCAAUGUAAUGAAGGAGGGACAGAACCCAGUUAUUAAUCAAACUAAUAAUUCCAUUAAAUUGGAACAUGAUGUGGGUGACUCUCAGUUGCUUUGGCAUGACCAGUCACAAGACAAGAAUGCUAAAAAUUCUAAACAACAAGAGUUUACAUGUGUGCAAAUUAAAGACGCAAAAGAAGCUCAAUGUGACACAUCGCUCCAUGAACAUUUGGAGAGUGCAAUCAAUAGUAUUUUGGAUCUACAGCAAGCUCAGAAACCUUCUGAUAAUGCAAUCAUCAAAAAUAGCUCAUCUGAAGUUGAAACUCCUCAUUUUUCAGCCUUAGCUCCUGUGGAGAACUAUGUAGAAAAAUGUAUACCAGAUCAUAAUGAAGGCAUCAGAGAAACAGACUCCAUCUUGGAAGCAGCGGUUAAUAGCAUAUUGGAAUGCUGAUAAUGUGACCAUAAGGGAACAGAAAUAACAGAUUGUCUGCUGCAUUGAUAACAUAGGGAUAAAGAUGGGAAAAAUAGCACAUUACUCAAUACUGAGUACAGGCUUUUGGUGUUCCUGGAAAGAGGAUGAAUGCAGUAGAAACUAGGAAAUAGAUUUAUUUUGAAGUAUGGCUAGUUUGAGCUUAGGAAGGUCUAUUGUAGUUUGUACUUUGAAAAUAAUUAUGGUGGCACAAGGUGCGCAUUAAGUCAUUUGUUUAAAAGUUGUCAAGAAGAGAUUUAAUUUAAUUGUUUUUUUUAAGGCUCUAAUUUCAUGUAAAAUGCACUCUUCAAUUUCAAGAGUGAUUUUCAGUUUGUGGUAGAAAUUUAUGUUUUUUUUAAUUGAUACUUUAAUGUAUAAGUGUUGUUUUGGGGUUACUUUUGUCUUUCAUAUUAUGUAAGAGUUUUUGAGAAUGGAGUGCCAAUAAGUUAAAUCUUGAACAGUUAAUGAACAACAUUCCCACUUAAGUCAAUUUAAAAUUGGAGUUCUUGAUAAUGAGGUUAAAGCCCACUUCACUAUUCAUUUUCCAUUUUUAAUACCACUAUGAUUAUAUAAUAAAGGCAACUUUAGGUCUUAAAGACCAAAUUGAAAGCACAGUGUGUGUAUCCAUACUGUGAUUUAUCAAACUGUAGAUCUAAAAAGUGAUGAUUCCAUUCCCAUUUUGUGGACUUUUAUUGUUUUUGUCUUGCACAUGCAACAGUAAGCUUCCUUGCAUUAGUGAAGAGCACAAAAUACACAUUAGAUCAGUUAGGCCUUACAAACUGACAUCACAUGAGAAAAAACAUCACUUAUGAACUAAAUGGUACAGUGACUUUUAUUUUAAACUCUGAUUUGUGUAGUGUUCAGCUCUGGUCCUCAUUAGAAAUGCUUUGUACACAUUUUUAAAAUAUUUAUAAAGAUUUUUUGUAAAAAAAAGAAAAAAGGAAAUGUCAAAGUUAUUUUUGUUAAGUUAGUUCAGUACCUAUAUAUAAAGCAUGGUAAAACAUGAUCAGAGUGAAUUAUUAAGAAGUAUUUUAAUUAGAUGCUAAUGAAACACUGAAUCAACUUGUCAAAUGAGCCAAAGAAUUCAACAAAACUAAUUUGUGUUGGUCUUUUAAUUUAUUGAUUAUCUCUGUAUACAGAUUUGUAGCACUGCAGGCUAGUGGCAACCAUUUUUCAAUAUUACAGUUUAUUUGAAUAUUGUGUUGUAAUUAUUUAUUUUGAUAUUCUUUGCAUGGAAAAAAGUAACAGAGUGAUAGGUGUAACUAGAUAGUACAGUAACAUUAAGAAUCUUUGAAUUCUUAAAUGAUGGCAGAAGAUUGGAAAAAUUGUUUUGUGAUAUGGGGGUUAUUUCUUAUAAAAGGAAGUAUGCUUUGUGAAUAUUUGUUUAACUGCUUUCCUGCCAAAGAUAAAACCUUCUUAAUUUUUGUCAUGUAUUUUUAAGGUUAGUAAAUUGAAGAUAUGUAUACACAUAAAACAACAAUAGUCCUUGAGUUGAAUCCCCAGCCUUAAUUACAAUAAACUAAGGAAAUGGCAUGUUUCAUUUAUUAUUACAUUUGUAAAAUCCCCCGGUCAUGUGAAUUUUGUUUGGAACCAUCACAUUGUUUAACCAAAAAGAAUGUUGCAAACCACCUGUUAUCUAAAGCAAUGAUACUUCAAAUGCAACUAAGCUGAAUCCGGAUAUCUACCUCCCUGAGAUACAGUUAUUUAAAAAAAAAAAUCUUAUCCUUAGUUGCCCCCAACAUUCAUAGCACAACCUGAGUUGAAGUGAUAAGAGUGCUAUUGAAAGUCUCACUGAGCAAACAAAUAAUUUGUUGGAAGAAACAGAAACAGAAACAAAAUGGACACUAUUACACUUCUAACUGUUUACUUAUCUCUCACUAUAUUUGGAUUUGCCACUAGCAUUCAGGAUACUUACAACUGCACUUCAGAGGUAAAACGCAUGUUCAAAAUAGGGGUAAGUGCCGACCCAGUGUAUCCAAGCUGGGUGGGGGCAAGAGUUUAUGGAUUUCCCACCAGCAGAUCAAUUGUGUAUGCUAGUUUUAAAGGCAAAUGCUCCCCCUUGGUUCAAUCACAAAGCUCCUUUGUAAAUGAUGAAGACAACAGUAGACAUGGUUUAUAUGACUUUAGAAAGGCUUUUGACGAGGACCUGCAUAGUAGGCUGGUCCAGAUGUUUGUCACAAGGGAUCCAAAGUGUGCUAGUAAACAAUCCAAAAUUGGCUUGGUAUGGGGAAGCAGAGGGAAGUGCUGGGUGGGUGUGUUUCUGAUUCAAAAUCUUUAAGAAGUUCUGCAGAGAGAUGUGAUGGGAAUUUGUUGUUUAUAAUGCAUAUAAAUGACCCGGAUGAGAAUAGGUCGCCUGAGCAGUAAAAGAUGACACGAAACCUGGUGGAUCCAUAGAUAAUUUAAAAAGUGUCUAAGGAUAUAGUGGAACGUAGAUCAGCUGGAAAGUUAGCGAGAGCAAUAACAGAUGGAAUUUAAUUUUGACAAACAUGACAAAAUGCACUUUGGAAGCGACCCUAUCAAUGUUGAUGUACAGAGAGAUCUCAGGGUGCAAGUCCACAGCCACUUUCUGGUGGAAGGGGAGUGAAAAAGGCAUUUUUUAAUGCUUGUUUUCAGAAGCCAAGGCAUUAAGCGUAUAAGACAUCAUGUUGCAGUUAUACAAAACAUCCUGACCACACUCAAGGCCCUGUCCCACCUUCCCGAGUAACUCACAAACUCUCCCGAGUUUUCCCCUUGAUAACUCAGAGAAUUACGGUAAUAGCUGUUCAUAGGUACUCAGUGCUGUUUAUUAACUCGUGGACAUUUUUCAACAUGUUGAAAAAACGUCCCGACUUACCUGAUGCCCCGAUUUCCUACGGCUGGCAUUAAAAGCCACUACGAAACAUCUACGGACUCCUAUGGCCUCCUACGAGCUCGCUACCGACAUUCCCCGAGUUCGAAUCAAGGGGAAAACUCGGGAGAGUUUGUGAGUAACUAGGAAAGUGGGACCGGGUCUUUAGAGUAUUGUGUACAGUUCUUGUCACUGCAGUACAGGAAGAAUGUGUUAGCAACACAGAAUGCGGUAAAGAGUCACCAAGAUGUUUACUGGAGGGCUGUUGUAAGGAGAGAUUGGAUAGGCUGUAUUUAUUAUCUUUGGAAGAUAGGAGGCUGCGGAUCUUAUAGAGGUGUAUAAAACUAUUAGGGCCAACCAGGAUUGACGGGAGAGGGAAGCUGCUGAGCCAGGUCCCUGCUUGACCCCAAAGACCAGGAACCGGAGAGGAGCGUGGAGGGAGUCGAUGACAGCAGUGGACACUGGACAAAGAACCAGGGGUCUUACAUUCUGUGCCCUCGUGAUCGGUUGCGGGAGGCAUCCCUGGGGCAUCAACGUUGAAGAUGGCCGGGCAAGGAGUGAGCCUUCAGUGGGCUGUUUCUAUGCAUUCUGUACUUCACUGGGGGGAUUGUAUGGCAAUAAUCUUAUUAACAUGUAAAAAAAGAAUGUAAUUGUACCUUGGUACACAUGAUAAUAAAGAACCAUAAAAAAAUUACAGUUCUAAUGUGGGCAAUGGUAUUAAUGUAGAUAGGCAUCAUGGUCAGCAUGAAUGUGCAUGGACAUAAGGGCCUCUUUCUGUGCUGUACACUUUGAUUCUAAUUUGAGAACUCGUUUUGGACAUAGGAUUUGUAUCUAGAUAAUUUUACUCCUGUACAGCAUCCGGUGGAUAUAAAUUCUUUCUAAAACUAUGUCUUACUGUAAAUGGAUAGAAAAACUUGUGCAGUAUUCAUAAGCAAAUAGUUGAAAAUAUUCAGGUUAAAGAAUAUUGUGUUGAACUAAAAGGCAGUAGAGGCCAAUUCACUGGAUGAAUUUAAAAGAGAGUUAGAGCUCUAGCGGAAUCAAGGGACAUGGGGAGAAGAACGCAUGGGUUCAAAUGGCCUCCUGCACCCAUUUUCUAUGUUUCUAUAACUUAAAACAAACUCAACAAAUUCUGCUACAAAAAUUACCAAAUCUUUAUAAAUCUUUAGAAACGACAAAUAUCAUACUGAUUCAAUGGUAUUGUACUCUGGUGAUCCUGAGCCAUGCAGACCUGCACAGCCAGUUUGGUUAAAGUUUGGUGUGAAAUCAUUUAAAACUCAGGCAGGUUACUGUAUAUGAAUGGUAUCUGGUGACCUCAGCUAGAAAGUAUGGUAGUUUGCUUGAUUUUUGGAUUUAUCUUUGUGUAAAGACCACCAGCCUUUACUGUACACAUUCGUUGUACAUGGUUCAUGUUACAAUGACAAUAAAAAAACUAUUCUAUUCAAUGGGGAAAUAAGAUUAAUGUGCAUAAUUUGGAGGUGGGCAUGGGUAUAAAAUUAAAACCCAUUUGACCAUGCCAAUUUGCACCCAAGUCUAGCCACAAUUUUAUUGAUACCUGAUCCAAACUGGUCUUGAGUAGUCAUCAUUGGGAAAGAUAGCCAGCAUGAUGCAGGGAACCGGCUCCAAAAUAAAGAGAAGUUAAAUAAAUACUGAGUGUUUAGCUGUCAUCCCAGUCCAAAUCAGUUGAAUUCCGAUGUCUAACAAAAUGCAAAAAUAUGUUAUUUCCAAUUGUAGAAUAGCUUUAUGUGUAAGAAGGAACUGCAGAUGCUGGUUUAAACCGAAGAUAGACACAAAAAGCUGGAAGAACUCAGCAGGACAGGCGGAAGAAGGGUCUCAACCUUGAACAUCACCCACUCCUUCUCCCCAGAGAUGCUUCGUGUCCACUGAGUUACUCCAGCUUUUUGUGUGGAAUAGCUUUAGCUCCUCAUCUCCGAUUUCAAAUGCUAUGAUUCAAUUCUCUUUGCAGAGAUUUUGGUUUAUAAUCCAAACUGACAUUUAAUGCUACUUUGAGAGACUGCUGCACUAUUGAUGGUAUGGUCUACCCUGGUUAUUACAGACCUUUUUAUAACACUAAUCAGACACCGCUAUCUCUAAGAACCCAGGCUGCUAGUUAUACGGUGGGAGGUCAUUGAAGUUGACAAGCAAUUGCUUUGAUCGGCACGUGCAAUGAUUAUUAAAAAAUGUAACAAACUGCCUUCAGUAUUUUUAUCAGUAACAAAAAUACAUAUUUGUAUAGCUGUUAAAAAGACUUUAGUAUGUGAAAGCAACUUGUUUCAUGGAUUGAAUCUCUUAUUUGGUUAUAGUGAAAAUCAUCAAUAUCGUAUACAAUUUCCCCGCUAUGGUCCGUUAUAACGAAGA